AUCCUGCUCAACGUGAGGGCAGAACAACUUCGGCGAUUUUGAGAUCUCGAAAGCAUCAUGUCGGGCGAUGGAUAUGACAGACACAUUACGAUCUUCUCCCCGGAAGGCCGCUUGUUUCAAAUUGAAUAUGCGUUCAAGGCCGUGAAGGAAAGCAACUUGACGUCGGUCGCCGUGCGCGGCGCCACGUCGUGCGUGGUUGUGACACAAAAGAAAGUCCCCGAUAAAUUGAUCGACCCCGACUCCGUGACCAACAUCUUCAAGAUCACGCCUGCCAUCGGCGCCCUCUUGACAGGACUCUACGCCGACGCCAAGGCUCAAGUCCAACGGCUUAGAUACGAAGCCCAUGAAUUUGAAAACAAGUUCGGGUACCCCGUGCCCGUGCACGUGCUUGCGAAGCGUUUGGCCGACAUUUCCCAAGUGUACACCCAACAUGCGUCCAUGCGUGCGCUUGGCGUGGUGACCAUUCUCAUUGGCAUCGACGAAGAGAAAGGCCCCCAGCUUUACAAAGUCGACCCCGCCGGCAACUACCGCGGAUACAAGGCGACGUCCGCGGGCGUGAAGGACCAGGAAGCGACCAACUACUUGGAGAAGAAAAUCAAAGCUAACGACAGCUUGGACCACGAAGGCACGGUGCACUGCGCCAUCACGUGCUUGCAAUCGGUGUUGUCGGCGGACUUUCGUCCCUCGGAAAUUGAAGUCGGCGUCGUUGUCCAAGGCGAGCGAUUCCGCAAGCUGACCGAAGAGGAAAUCGACGUGUACUUGACAGCCAUCAGCGAACGCGACUAAGUCGACUGCACGACGAAGAUGCUUCAUGCAAGACAUCUCGGAAUGCUUCGGUCCCGCGAUCACAUUAAGAUAAUGCAGGGUUACGUAGUACGGUAUUGCGUCUGUCGUUUAGGGAACAACGGCUUCUUUACAGCAUACACGAACGAUGGAGUGUGGACUCCAAGCAUGCUCCAAGUGCUAAAGCAAUCAUCCU